UCCCCCUUGUUUCUAUUCUGUUGCAAUCAGGCGACAUUUAAAGAGACAGUGUUUAUUUUCUGUCGGUAGGGUAAAUCAGAGUCUCUUCCCCUUUAAGACGCUUUGUGGAGUCGCUGAGAGGCCGCGUCUCCAGCUGAUCGUCGGCGAUCCUCGUCCACCGGAUUCCCGCGGAUCUUUGGCACCACACGUCCCUCGGAAUCAAACAUCGGUCUAAAUAACGCGCAGAUGUCAGAGCUGGUUUUUUAACGCAGCUUCGGUCUCGUCGCGCGAGGAUGAUGCCCGGAGCUCGCGCGUCUCUGGAUGCAGCGCGUGCGCGCGUGCCCUUGAGUUGAGCACCAGCGGCAUGGGAUGUUUCUCCAUCGCACGGCCGAUUGCGUCGCGAAACGAAAGCACAUGGCGAUAAAAUAGGCGUUUUCGCUCUGGUCUGCGCUGGAGAACGCCGCCUGUAACGGAGGAGACGGGAUGAGAAAGUGAAGGCGCGUUUGGAGAGAAAUCUUUAUUUGUGUUGUGCAUCAUCAGUGUUGCUGCGAGGAUGCCGAGGAGUUUACGCAGGCUGGUGCACCUGGUGCUCUUCUGUCCCUUAUCCAAGGGCCUACAGUCCCGUUUACCUGCGGUUAAGGUCAAGUACCUGUUGGUGGCGUGGUUUGGGAUUUUGGUGGCCAGCUGGGUGAUCUAUAUGCAGUAUUCCUCUUAUUCCGAGCUCUGCAGAGGACACGUCUGUACCAUGCUCAUCUGUGAUCAUUAUCGCAGAGGUAUUAUCUCUGGGUCAGUGUGUAAGUCUCUCUGCGAGGAGAAAACACUGUCUCUUCAGCACUGUCUUUCAACAUCACCGACACACCAGAUAUACAGUGCUGUGUGGAAGGAGAAAGCUGUAUUGGUGAAGUGUGGGAUUGAAGAGAGCAUGAGAGGAGAAAACGGUCCCGACUCUCCACUACAGCAUGACAGCAGCCUCUAUGAUAAACCCACCCGCGGAACGUCCAUGGAUGAAUUCAGAGCAAUGCUGCAUUCCUUUCUCAAGGACAGUGUUGGUGAGCAGUCAUCUCUUAGCACUCUUGUAACUCGCGUGAUUUCUCUGGCGGAUGUCAACGGCGAUGGCAAAGUUUCGUUAGCGGAGGCGAAAUCCGUGUGGGCUUUGCUUCAGAUCAAUGAAUUUGUUUUAAUGGUGGCACUGCAAGAUAAAGAACAUGCUCCACGCUUGCUUGGCUUCUGCGGAGACCUUUACGUGACUGAACGUGUGGCACACAGCGCCCUCUUCAGGUUGGAGGUGCCUGGUUGGCUGCAGCCAGUGUUUCCUGAGGCCCUGGGUGUCGCUCUGAACCAGUGGCUUGCUCCUGCGUGGCCACGCAGAGCCCGAAUCACCAUCGGUCUUCUAGAGUUUGUUGAAGAGGUAUUCCACGGCGUAUACGGAAGCUUCUACAUAUGUGACGCAAGCCCGAGACGGGUUGGCUACAAUGCGAAAUACGACUUCAAAAUGGCAGACCUUCAAAGCAUAGCAUCUGAGGCAACCGUCAAGGGGUUCCUGCGAGGGAGAACUUGUGAAGCAAAUGCAGAUUGCACAUAUGGGCAAGAUUGCACAGCAACCUGUGACCGAUUGGCAAGGCAGUGCAACGUGGAGGUGGUGCAGCCCAACUUGGCCAAAGUGUGUGCGCUCCUGCAAGACUUCCUGCUCUUCGGAGCGCCGUCGGACCUGAGGGAGGACCUGGAGAAACAGCUACGCACAUGUGUGACUCUCAGCGGACUGGCCUCGCAGAUGGAGGUGCACCAUUCCCUUGUUCUGAACAACCUCAAAACGCUACUGUGGAAGAAGAUCUCAAAUACCAAGUACUCUUGAGACCUGCGUAGGGAUGAUCAAGAGAAAGACAACGAAGAUCGAGAGAACUGGAGGCUUCCAGAGAUCAAAAGUGGGGUCGGUACAAUAAGUUCUGGAGGGCCAACAGAAUAGCUGAACUCUGCCAGCCACUACGGACUAUAAAUUUGUCGAACAUCUAUUGCGAACAUGGAAACGAUGUUCAGAAAGGGCAUGCACUUCAUCCCCCACCCUCUUUUACUUCAACAGCUCAAUAAACCCUAUAGAAAAACCUACAGAAAAUUUUCUUCUGCCCAAAAAUUUCUAAGGUGGAAACUGUCCAGUGUGAACAACGACAACUGGAAGACAUUUCUUUUUUCAUGCAUCCCCUUGAAAAUUGUGUCCUUUUUAGUGUACUUUUGGCUAGGGAUCCGUGCUGCAAGCACAAAAUUAGAAGAACUAUUUCCGAAUCCCAAGGACUUUGUAAUAGAACAGUCUGGCUCCGGAAGCCAUUUCUUUUACUUUAGUGACUGAAAUAAAGACCCUUUAACCCUAAUAGAAAAACCUUCUGAACAAUCUCUUUCCGUUUGCCAAAAUAGCCAAGUUAAGGCUGUUCCUAAUUGGAGAAGACCUAGACUUGUGGGUAAGGAUCUGGGCUGCAAGCACAAGCAUAACAGGGUGAGUUCCAAGAUUUAUCCCAAGGAAAGGAGAGUUUCUAAAAGAACAGUCUUACUCAACAUCCAAAACCUCAAGUUUACUUUGAGUCACCUGAAGACAUUAUUGAUACACCUUCAAAAGAAUGGCUGUAGGGUCCUAAGUGAAGUUAGAAUGUCUAUUAAGGAGCAACCCCUUACCAAAUGAGUCUUUUUGAUUAACAUCUGGUUAAGGAUCUGGGCUGUAAGCACAAGGAUAACAGGGUCAAUUCCAAGAAGUAACCCAAGGAAAACGUUUCCAUGAGGACGAUCUUGCUGUACAACCACAACACCCUUAAGCAAGAUGUGCAUCUUUUGGUUGCAAAAGCAGGAUUGUUCCUGGAAUGCUCCUUUGAGUUGAUUAUUGAAGGAUAAACUAUAGCCACACCUGUUUUGACUUCCAGCUCAGAAGAAUAUAAAUCUUUACCUAUGUUUGGAAGCAGCCUUCUUUUAAAGUCAAGAAAUAUUGGGACUCUACACCAAAACCUGCAACACAACCAAGACGUCUACAUUUAUUCACGAAAUAGCAACAAGUGAAGGUUAUGUAUUAUGUCUUUUUUAGGGGUGUAUGUUGUGUUCGUGUGUGUGUGCUCGUUCUGGGAAGAUGUUUCUCUCAUGUUGUAGUUUUCACAGAAAGGAUACUGCUUUUUCUAGUGGUCUGGAGAGCUUGAUGGAAUUUGUACUUGAACCGGAAAUUACUUACUGUGUUUCUCAGGGUUUGUGUGUUUACGUUUGAAUGUGUUUGGAACAAGAUUAUUAUUAACAUUAAACCUAGAUUAAAUGGAAUUAUGUCUCGGUAAACAAAUACGGAGUAUGAGGAAUCAAGGGCCAGCGAUUGAGUGUGCGCAGGAUUAUGAAACACAUCUGCAUAUAAACCUGAAAGUGUGUGUGGUAAUGUGAACAUCUUCUUGACUCACAGUAGUUUUAUAAACAUCGCUUACUUUAGCCUAACAAAUCAAAUCGCAUUUCAUUAAUACUAAACAACUGGCACAUUCCGCAGAAAACCAACAAGAAAUACCAAGUGCACAUUUAAAAACCCGUUUCCUUUUUUCAUUUUCAAGAUCAUUCCCCUCGACCUUGUGGGACCGAUCAUGAAAUUGUGUUCCUGCACAGAUCCUUGUACACGUAUGUGAUUUUGCAGACAUGAGACACGAGCUGUUCGUCUCCUAAUGCGCACUAGGCUUCAGUAGUUUCAUUGUUACGAAUGAAGUGAUUAUGUUUUUAGUCAUGUUUAUUUUAUUUUGUGCCUCUGUAAGGAGAGCAGCACAAUUAGCAUGGGGCCUUGUUGAGUCUCCUAAAUACUAAUUUAUUUUAACUCCAUUUUGUUCCAACUAUUAUUCAUUGAUGAGUAAACGUUUGAAAAAUCAAA